CAUGCGCAGUACAGUACAUUGUGCUGAAGAGCGACUGGCUGUUCAGUGAGGACUGGCAAGACCCAUGGUUUAGCUUACCAAAUGUUAACUUCUUUUAAAAUAUGAUCGAUUACCUCUGUUUGUAAACAUUUAUUUUGACUCGUUGAAGGGUUGCACAUAUAUCAAUAUUUGUUUACAUCGCUACAAAUCUAUUUACGCUACUAUGGCGGAAAGCACAAGCAGUGCUGCGAAUCUUCCGCCCGGAGACCCACAGCUUAUAAACAUGAUUGUUGAGCAUCUGAAAAACCGAGGCCUCUUCGAUGAAUUCAGACGAGACUGUUUGGCCGAUGUGGACACCAAACCAGCAUAUCAGAAUCUACGGCAGAAAGUGGACAACUUUGUAUCCAAUCAUCUCAGCACUCAGGACUGGAAUCCUUCAAUCAACAAAAACCAAGUGCGAAACGGUCUCCGGCAGACUGUCGUUCAAUCCGGUAUGCUGGAGACUGGGGUGGAUCGCAUCAUCACGCAGGUCGUGGACCCCAAACUCAACCACACCUUCCGGCCUCACAUAGAGGACGCCAUCCAUGACUUCCUAGUCACAGACAAGAAGGAAGAUGGAGCCGCUAACGGCACGCCAACGGAGGCGGAGCCACAGAUGGACCCUAGCAACGCAGGCCCCAAAACAACUUGCGGGACUACACCUCAGCGUUUAUCACUUUUGGAGAACAUGGGCGUUAAAUUGGCUUUGGUCAUUUUAAUAUUUCUGCAUGUAAAUGAAGUCCGCGCCACAGAUGUAACGGAGGCUUAUGAGGCAUCGCAGGACAGAGCGCUGAACUUACUGAAGAGAAGACUUUCUCUCCAGAACACAGCCGAUAUUCAGCACUGCCUCUUAAACGCCGGUGAUGUUGGCUGUGGUAUGUUCGAGUGCUUCAGCAACAAUACUUGUGAGAUUCGUGGCCUUCACGACAUCUGCCUGACGUUCAUGCACAAUGCUGGCAAGUUCGACUCUCAGGGAAAGUCCUUCAUAAAGGAUGCUCUGAAGUGUAUGGCGCACGGACUGCGCCAGCGCUUUAGUUGCGUGAGUCGUAGGUGUGUGGCGGUAAAGGAGCUCGUGUUCCAGCUCCAGCGACAGUGCUACACCAAGCACAACCUCUGCUCGGCGGUGCGACAAAACGUCAACGUGAUGGUGGAGAUGAUUCACUUCAGUGAUCUAUUCCCCAGAGGGCCUCACGUGGAGCUGGUGAACAUUCUGCUGGGUUGCGGGGAGGAGGUCCAGGAGGCCAUCAGCCGCCGCAUCCGGGCGCAGUGCGAGCUGAACUGGGGGGCACUGUGCGGCAGCUUCAGCCGCUGUGCCCUGACCAGGGUAGCAACAGGUGCAGACCAGUCCCUGACCCUGACCCCGACGCCGGCCACCCCCGCGGUGGGCAACGGGAACACACUGCCCCCUGGAGGAGGGCAACUGGAGGAGGCAGGCUGGGAGCCAUCCUGGAUGGAGGAACUACUCAAGGAGAACCAGUCAAAGCUUCCGGAUGAGAAUGUUAGUGCAGCUGCUGUCCAACCUCUUCAGGACAACAGCGCUGAUACAUUAAAGACUGACACUCAGAGAACUGCUGAAAGUGAACAGUAGAGCGGAGAGAGAGGGCGCGCAAGACAG